CAAAACCAAAGAAUUUUUAUUUCCUUAUUCCAAAAAACAAAAGAGAAAUCUGAAUCAAACUGGUUACUUUCUUGCAUAAACUAUGGCGCUAUCUCCCACUUCCUUGAACCUCUUGAUAACUCCAACCUAACCACUAUCCGUUCUUCAACCUCCACCCACCCCCAUAUUCUUCUGCGUAUUAAACAGGAGAACAACGUGAAUGGCAAGCUGGAUCAUGGCAAACUGGUCAAACAAGGAUGAGAUAGCUUUGGGUUUCACGUUUCUGGGUCAAAAAUCCGGUCUUGAGCUCAUGCAGAACUGCGAUUUACCUCCGCCGCUCAAGGUGUUUUCCGGGGUGUCCCCGCCGCCGCCGGUGGAAGAUCAUAACGAGAAGCUAGAGCUUCUGAAGGCCCUGAGACUAUCGCAGACCCGGGCGAGGGAGGCGGAGAGGAAAUAUCAAGUCUUGUCCAAAGAAACAGACGCACUGUCGAAUCUUCUGCUGAAAGAAUCUCUCCGGUUGCUCGCUUGCCGGAACUGGGUUAGAUUGCUUGAGCUCCAAGUUUCCCAGAUGGAAAAACAGAGUAACACAAGAGAGGAAAUUGAUGAUCACAACAUUAGCUCCACAUGGUUUGUGGCAAUGGCUUUCUGUAUGGGAAUUGCUGGUGUGAGCUUAGCCUUUUUUUAUUGUGAAUUCAUUUAAUCUAAUUACUUACUUUUAUUUAUAACCUGUAUAUGUAAAGAUGAAAUAUAUCAUAUAAUAUCUCAAUCAGCACAUUUUUGUAAAGACACA